AUGCUAACAUGUUCAAAAAAUCUGAAAUUAAAAUUAUAUACUGUUCCUGAUGAUUAGUUUCCUAAAAAGAGACAUACUACUUCAAGAUCAUUGAAGUUAAGUUCAAGAAGAAAAAGUAUCAUAAUUAAAUAUUUUAAAGAAUUACAAGAUGACUAUGAUAUAUUUUAAUACUUAAAAAACGAGAAUACAUCAGACAAUUAUAUGACAUCAUUAACAGAUAGAAAGGAAACUAGCUAACUUCAUUAUAACAAUAUUUCAGAAAUAAAGGCCAGUAACUUGUUUGAGAAAGAUAAAGGGUUCUUAAAAAAGUUUAAUGAGGUACAAUCAAAAAGAAAAUAAGAAUAACUUUUGAAGGCUGAUUAUUUAUUAAAGAAAGAUUUAGCAGACUUGAAUAAAAUUGCUUAAAAUAGUGUUUAAUCAUUUUCAAGUCAUUUUUCUCUUUAUAAUCAUUUCCACUUCGAACAUUUAUUAGAACCUCAAACAGCUAGACAUGAUUUGUAAUUACCACCUAAAUAAACUUUUACAAUUUUAAGUAAUCCGAAUAAAAAGGAUAGAACUUAUAAGGUUCCCUUGCACUAACCAUUUAUCUCAUAAGAUAAGAUAAUAAAUGAAUAAUCUUUAGAGAAAGUAAGAUUUUUGAAUAAUAAAAUGAAUCGAAUGAGCUUGAAUGUAUAGUAGUUAAUAAAUGAAGUUAAUAACAAAAUUAGAUCCUUUGAGUGAAUAGUAUUUUCAAAUGAUCUAAGAUGGAAAUGUAGAUGAACUCAAAUAAAUGAUAAAGAAAUACCCUCAUUUAUUAUAAUAAAGAACUAGAGUAAUGAUUAUAAUUUAAUAGGAUAGUUACAAGAGACAGGUCUACAUGUGGCUGUAAAGAGAAAUAAGAUCUAAAUAGUGGAAUUACUAUUAAAUAAUUAGAUUGAUGAAUUCGCAAGAAAUAUUGUAAGUUUAUUAUAUAUAAAAAUAAGUGGGGAUAAACAUCAAGAUAAUUGGCAUUCAAAUUAUAAUAUCGUAACAUUUUAAAAGUAUUAUAUAAUGGAUUAUAAAGAUGCUUACUUAUGAUUAGAAUUAGUGAUUAUAGAUUAAAAUUUUAUAUAAUUAAUUUAUUAAUUAGCAUACAAUGGUAAAGAUUUCAAUUCCACAUUUUAUAGGCAUCUCUUUUGAAUAUGGUUUAAGGUUAACCUCUAAUUGAAGUGACUUUGGAUGGUAUUGAGACACGUAAACACACUAGAUUUUAGGAUAAAUAAUUAGGGGCUUUAAGAUUACCUGUCUAUUCUGUAAUUGAUAUUGAAUUAAUUAUAUAAAAUAGGGUGAUGAUGAUAUUUCUGGAGUUAUUGAAGUAAAAAUGAACAAAUAAAAAAAAAUAGAACAUAUGGGAAUUCGAGUUGAAUUAAUUGGAAGAAUUGGUAAGAAUUAUACAUUUAUGAAUAAAAGAAAUUCUUAAUGAUCAAAAAUAAAGUUCAGAUUUUAUGUCAAUGUCAAGAGAAUUAGAGCCAUAAGGUUUAAUGUUUGAGGACAAAACAUAUAAAUUUUAAUUUUAGAAGUUUGAGAAACAAUAUGAAAGUUAUUAUGGAAACACAGUUAGAUUAAGAUAUUAUUUAAAAGUGUAUAUGACUAGAAGUUAUGGAAAAGUAUAGAAAGAAAUAGACUUUGCUGUUUUGAUUCCACAACCAGAAUUAGAGGAUUAACCAUAAACUUCAUUAAAAUUAGAAGUAUUGAAUUCAUAUUAACUUAAUAGGUUGGUAUUGAAGAAUGUUUACAUAUUGAUUUUGAAUAUUUUAAGAGUAGAUAUCAUUUAAGAGAUGUUGUUACAGGAAAAGUGAAUUUCUAUUUAGUGAAAAUCAAAAUCAAAUAUAUGGAAUUGGCAGUGAUUAGAAAAGAAUAAUAUGGAUAAGGACCUUAAUAAUAGACAGAUAAUGAGACAUUAGUCAAAUAUGAAUUAAUGGAUGGAUGUCCUUAGAAAGGAGAAGUGAUUCCAAUUAGAUUAUAUUUAAGUGGUGUAGAUAUAACACCAUCUGUUAAAAAUGUAAGUGGUAAAUUUAGUGUUAAAUACAUAUUAAAUUUGAUAUUAGUAGAUGAAGAUGAUAGAAGAUAUUUUAAAUAAUAAGAAAUAACAAUUUAUAGAAAGAAAUGA